UUUCUUGGCUUGGAUUUUCCUUGGAAACCCCCCGCCAACCGCGCUGCACUUUCCUUGGCACCCAAAAUAAAAUCGGAAUAAAACACAUGUGUGUUGAUGUGUGUUUUCCUUUUCGGCUGCCCAAGUAGACGGCGCGUAGUUUUUCACUUUGACGGGAGUUUUUCCUUUCGGUCUUCGCCUCACACUCAUUUCUAAUUGUGAUUCGUAGGAAGUAAGUUCUCUAGUGCAAAAGUAAAAUAGUAUAAUUUCAUAUAAAUCGGAACACAACAACAAAUACAAACCAAACACCACCAAAAUAUCGAAAAAAAAAAGAAAAAAUAAAAAAAUACAUCAAAACCAAGAGAAUAUCAAAGUAAAAUCAACCACAGUUCGUCCCAUCGUCUUUGGUCAUCUUGUUCUUGUUCAGCGUCCGUUUAAGCCACGCAUCCGAGAUUGAAUAACAUAUUUAUAUAGAAGAUAUAUAUGAUAUGCGAAGAUAUAGCUGAUACGUAAUAGCAUCCGAAGAAUUGCAACUGUUAACUGUCUCUCCACGUAAAACGAAACGUAACGCAGCCUGAGAAUAAUAACGUAUCGGAGCCAAUAGGAAAUCUCUACGGAGGACGCGACUAACGAUUUCAAGAUUUAGCCAGGCACCAGGAGAGCAUUCAACUGUAUACAUGCGUGCUAUAACUAAAGCAGUGCAAUCCAAUUCGAUAGCUCCAGCCGCCGCAUAAUCGCCAUCCGAUCCGAUUCUCGAUAUAGUCUGACCUCCGCAGCAAAAACAAAAGAAAAAAACCAAAAAAAAAAAAGGAAAAUCGCCAACAAAGCGGAGCCGCUCGAUCCAACGAACGGCAGCGAGUAGAACGUUUUUUUCGGCCAGCGCGCACCCACAAUCUCCAGCAACAGCCUCAAGAUUCUGCCCUUCGGAGCCCCCAACUUUCGUCUGGAGACGACACCCGCAGAGAUGCACAAAAUCGCGGCAGCGCCGCCUCCAACGGCAGCGCCCGGCGGAGGAUUGGAGACGCCCCUGGCGGCGCCCAAAUACGGCACACUCAUCCCCAACCGCAUCUUUGUGGGCGGCAUCAGCGGCGAUACCACCGAGGCCGAUCUGACCCGCGUCUUCAGCGCCUACGGAACGGUGAAGAGCACCAAGAUCAUCGUGGAUCGGGCUGGCGUGAGCAAGGGCUAUGGAUUCGUGACCUUCGAGACGGAGCAGGAGGCGCAAAGACUGCAAGCGGAUGGUGAAUGUGUGGUGCUACGUGAUCGCAAACUGAACAUUGCGCCAGCCAUUAAAAAGCAGCCCAAUCCUCUGCAAUCGAUUGUGGCCACGAACGGAGCUGUUUACUAUACCACCACGCCGCCGGCACCAAUCAGCAACAUACCCAUGGAUCAGUUCGCAGCCGCUGUAUAUCCGCCAGUUACUGACUUUACAGCCGCUGGAGUGCCAGCCAUCUACCCACCUUCAGCCAUGCAAUAUCAGCCAUUCUAUCAGUACUACAGUGUGCCAAUGAAUGUACCCACCAUUUGGCCUCAGAAUUACCAAGGUUAAAUCAAAAAAAAAAAAAAAGUAAACAAAUUUUCGUAGUCGCCAAUUUUUCGUUGAGAGCUGCCCUGAAUAUUAAACCAUACCAACAACUAAAAACUACAACUGCAACGACAACUACAACUACAACUACAACAAUCUGCGACAACAACAACAACUACUACAACAACAACAAUACCACGCUAUAUAUGCUAUAUAUGCCCCUCAACUCUGAUCGAACUGCAGCAGCAGCCGCACUCUUAGUUUAUAAUUUUAGUUGAUUACGAUUAUGUUAAAAUGCCUAUGAUUUAAUUUAAUUUAUGCUAAGUUUGGAGCUUUAGUUUUGGCCACAUACACUAAAAACAAAAAAUAUGUACAUGUAAUGUAAAUUAGUUGAAUGCCAUAGCGAGGGAAAUACCUACAUCUAAUAUUUUUAUCUUCGAUUUUCGAUUGGAUUUCUUUUUUCGGUUUUGCUUGCUGUAAAUAGCAGAGAAUGAAUGUAAAUAGUAGUAGUCGGCACAAUCACUUUGCUUAUAUAAAAAUAUAUAUAUUUAUGAAACUACCGAUAUGAAACCAAACAAAUUCCCAGAUAUACAUGAAGAUUUUGCCAAUUUUUUCGAUUAUUUUGUAGGAAUUUAUCCAUGUUAACUUUGAGGAUGCAGCAACAGCAACAAUAGUGAUGCUACUACUACUACAACAACAACAACAAACAACAAAAAGCCACAACAACAAGAACAGCAACAAAAGUAAACUACAAAGCAUAAAUAGAAUUUAUAUAAAAUCACACACACACAAAUACGCACCACAGCUGCAAUUUCGGAAAUGUUUAGUCAAAGGAAAUGGUAUAUUGAAGGUAGAAGUGCUCUGGAAGGACACUCACCCACACUGGCAUACACACACACACACACACUUAUACAGGCACGCACACGAAAGGAAACCAUUGCAAAAUGCUGUAAAGUAAGCUGCUUAUGUUAUUAGAGAUGUUGCGUUGUGCCUGUGAGAGUGGAGUGGUGAGUGAUGAGGGAUAAACAUUUUGGUAGAGGAAACAUUUAUGAUGUGCAAUUAGCGGUGGACCAGCAGAAGGGGGGGAGGGGGAGGGGGUUUGGGGCUAAAACCAUGUGAAACGUUGACAAAACUGCAGUUUGUGUGUGUGUGUGUGGUAAGUCAGCAAGUGAAAGACAGAAAAAUAUAUGUAGAGGCAGCGGGGGAGAACUUAAAACCAUAUUUAAACUAUACUAUAUAGGAAACAUCAUGCUAAAUACCCACAACUGGAUUAUACAGAAUACAGAGGCAGCAAACGUGGAGAGCACUCACUCAAGCCAACACACACACACACACACACAGAGAGACACUCGUGCAGGACACUUAUAUAUACAUAUACUAUAUAGGGAAUAACUGAGUAAAAUUGCAUAACACACACAUGAACUAUAUAUGGUAGCUAAGAAAACGGGGCAGCGAUCGAAGAUUAAAGACAUAAUAUUAUGCAUAAAUUAAUUUAUAUACAUAUAUACAAUACAUAUAAAGCGUAAAGUAACUGUAACUCGUAACUGUAACUGUCCUUCACAGACACAUACAGCAAUACAAAGCAAAAAGAUGAAUAAGCAAAGGAGACGACAAAGUCAAGCAGCAAAGCGAACACACACACACUAAACACAUACAUAAAACACAUACACACACACUAAAACGCACACACCAACGAAUCCUGAGCAGAAAGUCAAGGAUAAUUAGCAAAAAUGGCCUUAACUUUCCGAUCAGAACUCGUUAAGAAGGAAAAAACCUAACUUGUAAGCCAAGCAAAAGAAAACUGAACGAAAUUUUAGUCUAAACGAGAAAACUAAAAGGAGGAUAAAGUAAAAAUCAUAAAAUCUAGCCACAUAAGCCAAGCAAAAAGUGAACUAAAUACAAAAUAAAAAUACAAAAAAAAAAAAACACACUACAAUAAAGAUAUUCAAAAUAUGCUAGCUAAAAAAUGCGUGAAACAUACACAACUCCCGGCAUGUAUAAUCGGGAGGCAUAUAUUAGAGAGACUAUUAAAGGAAAGCUAAACUCAAAGCUCUAGCGACAAGGAAAAUAGAUAAAACUCAAGCAAUACAUAGACACUCAUAGGUGUGUGUUACACAAGAAUAUAGUUAAAUAUAUACGAAAAGCAAGCAAACGUAAAUUAAUAUAAUAAUUUAAUAAACUAAUGUGUACAAGAGUAAAAACCAAGCAAAACGAACUCUGCGACAAAACAAUGUUGAUUUAUCAUUUCUGUUUUUCUACACUCACUUAAGAUUCUGUUGUAUCUAUUGUUAUGAUGAUGGCAUCAAACUAAUCAAAACACGAACGAGAAAAGCGAGAUGUGUUAACCAAAAUUAUUUAAAGUAAUGCGAACGCGAUGGCCAAACACAUUUGCGGGGGCAGCCGGCGAUCUGCGAGCGAAUUCCAUUUCAAAUUGGUGCAUAAUUUGGCUGAAAUCAAUACCUUAGCGGAAAAUUCGAAAUAAAUAUUUACAUAUACGUAUAUGCCUUAUUGAACGAAACUAAAUUAUUUGCCCACUAAAAAAACACUGUUAUCGUAUUGAGACGAACGUAAUAAACCAACCCAGAGGUUUCAAAAAUACCUGCUAAAACAGACAUCGCCGAAGGUCGCCCCCAUCAAUUUUAAGACUCGCUGCCGCCGCAAAUGGACUUCGCCGUGAAGUUGUUGACAAAUUUUUACUAAAUUGUUAAAUAGUUAAAUACAAAACAUUUUUAAAUCGAAUUGUAACAAUAAUUAGAAAUCACUCUUUGUUGAAACGAAGCAACACAAAAUGUAAUGAAAUGGAAAGCAAUAAUUCACUUAGGCAUGCUCUAGUUAAAAACUAAAACUGAAAUCAAGUCGAAGAAGCAACAUAGAAACCACCAACCAAGAGUACUUAUGUACAUGUAUGUCAGUCAAUAGGGAUUUUAAUUUAGUUUGAACGCAGGGAUACUCUGGGCACUUCCCAGAAAACCCAAAUUGCUGGGGAGGGAAAGUGAGGGACAAAUUUACAAGAGACAAGGCCUAAGUUUGAAAAAUGAGUUCGAUUCACUUACUCUUUUAUCCAGCCAUCCCAGCAAUUUUAUCUUCCGCAGACUAAUCAGAUAAAGAUCAGAUCAUAACUAAUAAAUCCAAGGCAUAACUUAAGUAUAUACGUGAUAUUUUGAAAGCGAAAAUUCAUAAAUUGUUUAGGUUUAAAACAAUAUUAAAUAUAUUAUACAGAUAUAUACAUAUAUACAUUAUAAAGAUAAUGCCAAGGCAUAAUUAAAACCAUAACGAUUAAUUAAUUAAAGAAUGAAUGAACAUUUUUGCUGACAAAACAAACAAAACAAAAACCAAAAUAAAAGAGACGGAGUAAAAUGUUUGUAAACUCAAUUUAUUGUACGACUUGAAUGACGGAGAGCGAAAUGAAGGAGUUCUUAAGUUUUUACUGAACAGCAGCAAAGAGCAGAGAGCAGAUUGUCCCAUCGUAAAAAUCUAUUUAGUUUAUAUAUAGUGAAUAUUUAUAUUAUAUAUACAUAUAUUAAAUGAACAAAUGGCAAGUAACAAACAAACCAACAAAAAUGAAAUAGCAAUUAGACGAAAGUAAAAGGAAAGUGAAAAAUUAUAUAUAUAUACAAUACAUAUAUAUCAUAGCGCAAAGAAUAAUAUAUAUUUUAAUGAAGGAACAUCAAACUGAUUAAGUGCAGCUCAACUAAGAGCACAAAAAUGUUUUUAGACUAAGUACCUACCUACCUAAAUGAAUUCAGCAAUUACAUAAUAUACAAGAGAUAGACGAGAACGCCGAAAAGGCGCAGGCCCAGAAGGGAGAUCAGUUUCUACUUCUAUGGAGUCUAAUUUGUAUAAUUAUAUAUACGUGCAUAUUACGAGGAUAAUGCCCCAUGAUCAUCACAAAUUAAACAAAAACGAAGCAUAUUUAAUCACAUACACACCCAAACACACACACACACUAUACUACCUAUAAAUAUAGAAAUGAGAAAGAAGAAAAGAACGCAUAAAUAGCAAUAACAAUAAAGCAACAGCUACUUAAUAAUUUUAGCAAAAUGCAAAACACAAAAAUACGAGAUGAAAAAAAAAUAUGAAUAGCAAAAUA